UGUAUUGUAUAGGUUAAGUGUUAAUGUUUGCUUUUGUAUUUUUUUACUAGUCUAAAGAAUAAAUAAAUAAUAAAGUCCAUCAUAACAAAAAUCAAAUUAUUAUCCAUAUUUGUCUAAAAAUUGUAUACUUUAAUUUUACGUGAUCUGGAGAAGGUAACGUCCCACCAAAAGCAAUCAAAUAAUUUCCAGAAAAAUGUUAAAAUCUAAUUUGAAUUUUUACUACUGCAUACAUUGUGGUGAAAAAACACAAACACUUUUUAAGAAAUACAGUGAGACAGUUUUAAAACUAACAGAAUGCAAGAAUUGUGGAAAAACUGCUGACAAAUAUGUAGAAUAUGACAUUGUGAUAAUAAUUAUAGACUUAAUAUUAUUAAAAAAUAUUGCAUAUAGACACCUUUUACUUAAUACUGAGUUUAAGAAUUUUUGGAAAUUAGCUGUAAUUCUAAUGCUCUUAGAGUCAUAUUGUGAUUCUGCAUUAUCAACUCGAUUAUUGACUAAUGUUUAUGAAAAACAAGCCAAUAAAACUGAACCCACUUUGAGUGAUUUUGAUAUGAAUAUUGAAGACCUUAAAUUUUAUAUUAUGUGUUUGAAUACUGCUCUUAGUCAUUUUACUUUUGUUUUGACAAUCUACAUGUUAACCAUCAUUUAUGGUAAGAUAAAAAGGUGGGAUGAUAUGCCAACAUUAUGUUUGAUAAUGAAAACCAUGACACUGGCCUCAACAGGGGCAUUUUUGCAGUUGCCCUCUAUAAUUUGGGACUUGUCACUUUAUUCUCAUCAUUUACAUUUUAUUACAGUUUAUACCUGUCUUAGUCAAUUGCUGGCUUAUAGAGUAAUAUGCUACAGUCCAAAAAUGUGGUGUCUCUUUGUAGUAUUUGCCUCCCAUUUAAUUAAAUAUAAUGUUAGUAGUCAUUUAGGAACUUUCAUCAAUUUUAUCUUUACUCAACAUAUGGAUCAAAAUAACCUAAUAUUCUAAGAAUCAGAAUGUAAAAUAAAAUAAAAAGUAAAACUAA